AUGUGCUCCCUGGUUGCCGCCCCCGUUUCGAGCUCUCCCGCCAUAGCCACUCUCGGUGUGUGAGUGCUCCCCCUCGCUGCCCCACAACCUCGAUUCCUCUUUUCCCACGUUUUCUUCAAGUUCUUCAAGCUCUGCAACGACUUGGGUUGCGAGGAGGUUUUUGGGGACUCUCUUUUUUUACUGAGGACCCGCAUGGUUGCAUUCUUCGUAACUGCUCAAGGUUUUUGAUUCUUAAGGACUUCUUUUUUCUAGUUCUGAAGGUGGUAGGAGAAAGCGAUGUCGACGCAGCUGAGAGUGUUGUCAAAUUCGUAAUUGAAUGUUUAUGAAAGCACAGACGCUCGGGAAAGCAUCUGGAAUCGGCGAUGGACGGACCACCAUCUAGUGGGGCUUUUACGGGAGCAACAUUAGCGGAGAAACUCAACAAGCUCAAUGCUUCGCAACAAAGCAUUGAAACUCUCUCCCAUUGGUGCAUAUUUCACCGGAAAAAAGCAAAGGAAAUUGUGGAUACAUGGGCUUCAAAAUUUCACGAGGCCCCCAAGGAGCAGCGUGUACCUUUCUUAUAUCUGGCAAACGACAUUCUGCAGAAUAGCCGGCGGAAAGGUCCCGAGUUUGUGAAUGCAUUUUGGACUGUACUGCCUGCAGUUCUCCGUGACGUACUCGACUCUGGAGAUGAAUCAGUUCGUAAUCCAGCGUACCGCCUGGUGAGCAUUUGGGAGGACAGGCGGGUAUUUGGUUCGCGUGGUCAGAGUCUUCGUGAAGAAUUGCUCGGGAAGAGGCUCCAGUCACCGAAGCAGCAGCCUAAGCAGUCCUCACCAAAUUAUCAGAGUUUUGAAGGGACCUUACUCGAGAGGGUGGCAAGAUCAUAUCAAGCCGCCCAUGAAAAGUCUGUGGACGAGUAUGGGGCUGUCUCGAAGUGCAAUGAAGCUUUGUCGAUGGUUGUGAACUUGGAGAAAGAAGCUGAAGCUGCUGGCGGCAAUGGCGAUAUGCAAGCCUCAGUGUCUGAAGAGUUGCUGGAACAAGAGCUGGUUAUGCGGCAGUGUGUAGAACAGCUCGAAUCGUGUGAGAGGAGCCAUGCCAUGCUAUGUUCUGAUUUGAAAGAUGCUCUGCAUGUACAGGAGAAUAAGUUGGAGCAGAUUCGGGCACAACUUCAGACAGCACAGUCUCAGCUGCAACAGACCAAAAAUGUGCAGCAACGUUUGGCUUCUGGGAUCACAAGUGAUAUCGACUUUCCUGUCGGAGGAGCACCAACCGUUGGAUCUGUUGAAGAGGGAUCUGCAAGUCAAGAACAUGACAAUCUAGCAUCGAGGGACAUGGACACGGAAACCCAUAUUUCAAUGUCAAGUGGAUCAGGAACCACUAACAAUCCCACAGUUAACGAACUUUCUGCAGAGCCGACGGAGACGAGCCAAGCUCCAACCUCAGCUUUAAGCACUGCUGCCGAGAUUGCGGCCAAGUUAGCAGCCAGCUCAUCAUCAGCCGCCAUGCUAACAUCAGUAUUAUCAUCAUUGGCAGCAGAAGAAGCAGGCAAUGGAUUGCAUUCACCAAAUUUCAACAUGGAUGGGGCGCAGAAGAGGCCAAGGUUGGAAAAUCAUGUUGACCAGCUACCAGCUCCUGCACCUGUUCCCUACCAGCUGCCCCCGCAAUUGUCUCAAUUUCUUCAAGCCAACCCCAUGAUGCCUCCAGGUUACACCUUUCAAACAGCGAUGCCCCCGCCUCCCAUGCAGAACCACAUGAUGCUGACUCAGCAUUCAAUGGGACCACCUCCACCCCCUAUGCCCCCAAGUUGCAAUCCCAUUUAUCAAUUCCAGCAGCAGCCCUCCCCGUACUACAGCCCCCCUCCACUUCCUGCUCCACCGGCUCCUGCUCCUAGACAGUGAGUUUGUUUUUGGGUAGUAGUCACACUGAUUUCGCAUUGUACUUGUGUCUGAAUGUAAUGUAACUUGGAUCAAUAGCGUGUGCUUUGUUUUUCCCUCACCUUUUAUUUCGAGGCUUGGCAGAUUUGUAUAGCUUUUUUGUACUUAUGAAAUCUAUUCUUAUGGAAUUUUAAGUGAUAUUUCAGUUUAAGCAAUCAAAAUCUAGAAUAAAAGGUGAUAAAUACAUGUACACAUGAAAGUAUGUAAGGGAAUGGAUGGAGUCUUCGAUUUUGCAUC